AUGGAAAUGUUAUCUUCUUUUUAUGGAAAUGUAGCUCGUGAGGUAGGGGGUGUGAGAAAGAACACUGUAGUGAUUGAUGAUGUAGAAAAAUAUAUGGCAUCCGUUGCUGUAAGAAGAAAUCAAAUUCCAUUGCUUGGUGAUGAUGUGACUAAGGAUGAAGAAAAUGAUGUCAGUGAUGAAGAAGAUUCUUCUAUAAUAAAAACCACCACAAGAGGAGAAGGUUCAACUCCCGUUGCAGAUGAAAAGGCGGUAGAAUCUGCAGUUGCUAAAAAGAAGAAAACUGAGAAAGGAAAUGAAAAGAAGGCUGUAGUUGUAGAAGAGAAACUAGUAGAAUCGAAUUGUGAAGUACAUGAUAAAAAGGUUCCAAAACAUGUUAGAGAGAUUCAAGAGAGGCUUGCUGUGACAACUGUGCCUACAGCUGUUGACAUGUACAAUGCGAAGAGCGACAAAAAACGAAGAAACCAGCAAGGGAAGUCUUCAUCAACAUCGAGUAAGUUGAAAGUGAAAAAGAGCCCGUAUAAAACCACAUCAAAGAAGAAACCUACGAGUAAAGGAAAAUCAAAGUGA